AGCGACAGUUCUUCGGAAAGGGCAAAAGGGAUCCGUAUCAGCCUCAUCUGACUGCAGUUAUUUGCUACAGACCGGACUCGAGCAUUACACCGCGCCCCAUCAGAGCCAAACCACUCGAUCGCUCAUAGGUCCCCGUCCCGAUACGCCAACGCGGACAGCCAACUCGUCGGUAUACAAUAACCAUCCCGAAGCUCGCAAAGCCGAAAGUGCGACCAACAAGAUGAAUCCAAACUUUGACGAUGUUGAGGAGCGAGAUGGUGUUCGAUUCUCCUGGAAUACGUGGCCAUCCUCCAGGAUCGAGGCUACCAGGACCGUGGUCCCUAUCGCAGCCCUCUACACGCCCUUGAAAGAAAGGGAAGAUCUGCCUCCUGUGCUAUACGAGCCCGUGACCUGCAAAGCACCUUGCAAAGCCAUUCUCAACCCUUACUGCUCGAUCGACGUGCGAGGCAAGCUCUGGAUUUGUCCUUUUUGUCUGCAGCGAAACCCCUUCCCGCCACACUACAAGGAUAUUUCCACUACCAACUUGCCUGCCGAGCUCCUUCCCAAGUACACCACCAUCGAGUACACGCUCUCUCGACCCGCUCAGAUCCCUCCGAUCUUUCUGUUUGUGAUCGAUACCUGUCUCGACGAGGACGACCUGAAGGCCUUGAAGGAAACUAUUGUCGUCAGCCUCAGCUUGCUGCCUCCCAAUGCGUUGGUCGGCUUGAUCACGUAUGGUACUAUGACUCAAGUUCACGAGCUGGCCUAUGGCGAAUGUCCCAAGUCAUACGUCUUCCGAGGUUCGAAGGAUUAUCAGCAGAAGCAGAUCGUGGAUAUGCUCGGUCUUAAUCCCUCCACCGCACGACCCGCUGCCGCCGGUCCAUCAAUGCCCGGUCAGCGAGGAGGCUUCCAGACCGCUGCGAGCCGCUUCCUCAUGCCCGUACAGGCAUGCGAGUUUCAGUUGACGCAAAUCAUCGAAGGUCUCACGAGGGAUCCCUGGCCUGUCGCCAACGACCGGAGGCCGAUGCGAUGUACCGGCGUUGCCAUGAAUGUUGCCGUUAGCAUGCUCGAGUCCGCCUUCCCUAAUACUGGCGCGAGAAUCAUGUUAUUCGCCGGUGGACCAGCCACAGAAGGUCCCGGGAUGGUCGUCGGGCAGGAGCUCAGGGAGCCUAUCCGAUCGCACCAUGAUAUCGAUCGGGACAGCGUAAAGCAUUUCAAGAGAGCAACCAAGUUCUACGAAGGAUUGUCCAAGAGGGCUUCGGUGAACGGUCACGCUAUCGAUGUCUAUGCCGGCUGUCUCGAUCAAGUCGGUCUGCUAGAGAUGAAGUCUCUUACCAACUCGACCAACGGGUUCAUGGUGAUUUCCGACUCCUUCACUACGGCCAUCUUCAAGCAAAGCUUCUUGAGGACUCUAGGCAAGGACGACAACGGCUACCUCCAGAUGGGUUUCAACGGAACCUUCGAUGUCAUUACUACAAAAGAGAUCAAGAUUUCUGGCGUCAUCGGACAUGUCAUUUCUGUCAACAAAAAGUCGGCCAGUGUCGGCGAGACCGAAAUCGGGAUAGGACAGACUUCGGCAUGGAAGGUCUGCUCCCUCACGCCGAAAUCCUCGAUGGCAGUAUAUUUCGAGGUCGUGACACCCGCUGGUCAGCCUCUUCAACCCGGUGCGAAUGGACUCAUACAAUUCGUUACACACUAUCAACACGCGUCGGGCCAGUAUCGCUUGCGAGUAACCACGGUGGCCAGAGCCUUUGCCGAAGGAGGGCAUCCCUCCAUCGCUGCAUCGUUCGACCAAGAGGCUGCUGCGGUGCUUAUGUCCCGUAUUGCUGUGUUCAAGGCCGAGAUCGACGAUUCGCCCGAUGUACUCAGGUGGCUGGACAGGAUGUUGAUUCGACUGUGUCAAAAGUUUGCGGAUUAUCGCAAAGAGGAUCCUGCAAGUUUCAAGCUGAGCGAAGGAUUCAGCAUCUACCCGCAGUUCAUGUUCCACCUCCGUCGAAGCCAGUUUUUGCAAGUCUUCAACAACUCGCCCGAUGAAACGGCCUUUUACAGGCACAUCCUCAAUGACACCGAUGUCAACAACUCGCUGACAAUGAUCCAGCCGACACUGAUGUCCUACACCUUUGACCAAGCGCCUCAACCCGUCUUGCUCGAUUCGGUCUCGAUUCGUCCCGACGUCAUUCUUCUGCUGGAUACCUUCUUCCACAUUCUGAUCUUCCACGGCGAGACUAUCGCACAGUGGAGAAAGGCUGGAUAUCAAGAGCAAGAAGGCUACGAAAACUUUAAAGAGUUACUGGAAGCUCCCGUAGUGGACGCACAGGAUCUGCUCACGGACCGCAACCCGAUCCCGAGGUACAUUGUUUGUGAUCAAGGCGGAUCUCAAGCUCGAUUCCUAUUGUCCAAAUUGAACCCUUCGACGACCCAUAUGACUGGAGGAUCGUAUGGCAGUGGAGCCGGAGCAUCUAGCGGUCAGGCCAUCUUUACCGAUGAUGUCAGUUUGCAAGUCUUUUUCGACCAUCUGAAACGACUCGCUGUCGGAGCUCCUUCUUCUUAACCUUGUCGUAUACCUUGAAUGCCUCUGUCGUAUGUAUGUAUAUAUAUAUAUAUAUAUGCGAGAGAGAGAUUGGACGAGAUUCAGACGG